AGUAAACCUGGCCCUAGAUUCCUUAUAUUUAGCCGAAGUUUAACGCCAAAACCCUAGAGGGUCUUCUUCUUUCCAAUCUCCGGCGUUCAGAGCUUGCGCUGUCCGCUGUUUCGGCCCUCUCCUCUGCUCCAGGUUUCGUUUUCCCACCAUUUGCUGUUUCUUACCCUUUUGCGCUUAUGUUAGAUCCGUCAAGAUGUACACGUCGAGGCAGAAGAUCCAUAAGGAUAAGGAUGUCGAACCUACCGAGUUUGAGGAGUCUGUUGCACAGGUAUUUUUUGACUUGGAGAAUUCCAGCUCGGAGCUGAAGAGUGAUCUGAAGGAUCUCUACAUCAACUCUGCAGUUCAAUUGGAUGUCUCGAACAACCGCAAGGCUGUGGUUAUCCACGUUCCUUACAGGUUGAGGAAAGGUUACAGAAAGAUUCAUGUCAAGCUUGUUAGGGAGCUUGAGAAGAAGUUCAGCGGGAAGGAUGUGGUUGUCAUUGCUAGUAGAAGGAUUGUGAGGCCACCGAAGAAGGGUUCAGCUGCGCAGAGGCCACGUAGCAGAACACUGACUUCUGUCCACGAGGCAAUGCUGGAGGAUGUUGUGGCGCCUGCUGAGAUUGUUGGGAAGAGAACUAGGUAUCGUCUAGAUGGAUCCAAGAUAAUGAAGGUUUUCUUGGACACAAAGGAACAGAUCAACACAGAAUACAAGCUGGAGACCUUUUCCUCUGUUUACAGGAAGCUUACCGGCAAGGAUGUUGUGUUUGAGUUCAGGGCAGCUGAGGCAUAGAGAGAGAUGCCUAGUCUCUGAGAUGUAGUAAUCCAAUGCUUGUUUUUGCUUAGAAUCUGCAUUUCAAACUGUUUCAGAGUUGAGUUUUGACAUCUGCUAGUUGAAUUAGAAAUCUUUGAAUGUGCAAUUACUUGUGGCUCUGCUUUUAUGCCCUUGUUAUUAUUUGUCUGUGUCAUUACAUGAGAACUCAAUUGAAGAAUAUGUUUUUCAAGCUCGUAGUCAAGAUUAUAUCAAAACAAUCUAUUUGAUUGGG